UUGACUCCUAAUAGCGGAUUUGCUCGUUUUCACAUAAUAUAUCGGGCCAUAGUAUUUCGACCAUUUAAAGGAGAGGUCAUUGAAGCAAUCGUUUCACAGAUAACCAAAGUCGGUGUCUUUGCAACUGCUGGUCCACUUAGACUUUUUAUUUCGAAAUAUUCUAUACCUCCAAAUAUUAAAUUUGAAGGUGCUGAUACCACGAACGAGUUGGAUAAUGAAGACGAGGAAGAACACCAAGCAGUUCAAGUGGAUGACCGUAUUAGGGUGAAAAUUAUUGGCGUAAGAGUCGAUGUUAAUGAUUUGGUAGGGCUAAUCCAUUUCAAUAUAACUUUCUUUUUAGUUCGCCGUUGGUACAUUAAUGUACGAUUAUCUUGGUACGUCAUCUCCAGUCACUAUCCUCUCUUACAAUUUUUCAUUCCAAUUAUCUUCUCUGCCAUUACUGGCAAGUCGGCCUAA